AUGAAUUCUUCAACGGACACUACUCCCUUUUUAACUGCUGAGGAAUGGAAAGCCUUCAAACACAACAUGAACGACUUCUACAUCAUCAUGACCUCGAUGUUGAAGUUCCUAAUGCAAGCCGGCUUUGCUUUUCUCGAAAUGGGAGCGGUCCGAUCCAAGAACACGACAAACAUUCUUAUGAAGAAUAUUCUAGAUUCCGCAAUCGGUAGUCUAGUCUACUGGAUCUUCGGAUAUGCUCUGGCAUUUGGAGAAGAAUCCAACUUCUUUUGCGGCUAUUCGAACUUUCUGCUAAUUGACCUGACGCCUGAUAUGUAUUCGAACUACUUUUUUCACUUCGUGUUUGCGGCGACAGCGACUACUAUUGUCUCGGGCGCGAUGGCCGAACGAACCCAAUUCUCGGCCUAUUUUGCGUACAGCUUUGUGAUAACUGGAAUCGUUUAUCCAAUAGUUUCCCACUGGGCCUGGGCGGACAAUGGAUGGCUCAAGGUUGACUGUUGGUGGGAAGGAAUCGAGUUCGUGGACUUCGCCGGAUGUGGAGUGGUGCACAUGGUCGGUGGAAUGGCUGGACUUAUGGGAACUCUGGCUCUCGGACCCCGGUUAGACCAGUACGUAGACGGAAAACGACAGAGAGUGAAGGGCCAUACAGUACCUAUGAUGUCCCUAGGCGCUUUCAUCCUGUUUUUUGGAUUCUUCGCAUUCAACGGUGGAUCUCAAGCCAGUAUAACUGAGGAAGGAGACGGAAACGCAAUCGCCAACAUCCUCAAAAACACUAUCCUAUCCGGAUCAUGUGGAGGACUUUUUGUAGUGCUGUUGUUUUACAUCGUGAACAGAAAAUUCACACUCCUUGGAUGCAUCAACGGAAUGAUCACUGGCAUGGUUGCGAUUGGCGCCGGAUGUGACGUCAUUGACCAUUGGGGAGCUUGUGUAGUGGGGCUGAUUGGCGGGUUCAUCUUCGUGUUCUAUAGCGAGCUCCUGUUCAAACUCGGAGUUGACGAUCCCCUGGACGCCAUGGCCGUGCACUUCGGGGGAGGUUCCUGGGGUCUGAUUGCAGUCGCGUUAUUCGCCAAGAACACCGGUAUUGUCUACCAAUGGGACGAGCAUUCGCUCAAAGUCUUGGCCUGGAAUGUAGUCGGAGGGUUGGCUUUGACUGCGUGGACUAUCGCUACAACUGGACCGAUGUUCUUUGGACUGAAAUACAUGGGACUUUUGAGGGUCUCGGAGGAAGUGGAGCGACAUGGCCUGGACUUGAUGGAGCACGGAGAGGAAGCCUACCCUGGCGACGCUUACCUAGUGGAAGACGUCUUUAAGAAGCUCUUGCUUCGCGGAAACUCGGCGAUAACCGGCGAUUUUCAGGACGAGUUGGUAGAACGUGAACACAUUUCGGUCGAAGAGGUGAAAAGAAAGGAAAGCCAAGGUCAGCAAGCGGCAAGGAAGUCCGGAGACUCAACUGUUGUUGAAAUGUCUCAAAUGAAUGGAGGAUACGCCCCUUCUCCCCCACAACAAACCAAAAAAGAAGGCGGCGCUAUUGAAAAUGUCAAAUUCAGAUUGAGAUCCGACGAGGAGAAAUUUUAA